UUUUGUUCGACCACCGAGCACUCGUAUGUUUGUUCGGCAAUCCGUCGAACACUUUGCAAUCGAACACAACGGCAGCAUCAAGAGAGCGAGCAAGAAGGCAUGCAACGAGACAGUUCUAAUGGCCUUCAUCUGCCGCCGUCUUUCCCUCCUCUCUACGCGCUCCUCCCUCCCCAUUCGUCUCCCCACCGUCUCUCCCUUUUCCACGUCUUCCCCCGACAAGAUGACCUUCUCCCACAUUUUCCAGCACUGCUCCAAGCACCGAGACACGGCCGGCGGCCGCCAAUCCCACGCCCGGAUGGUCGCCUCCGGCUUCAUCCCAACCACCUUCGUCGCAAACUGCUUGAUCCACAUGUACGUUACCUGCUCCAACUUGGAGUACGCCCACAAGGUGUUCGUCCGUAUGCCCCACAUGGACAUUGUCUCCUGGAAUGCUAUGAUCUCAGGUCACGCUCGAAAUGGUACGCUAGACGUUGCCAAGUCCCUGUUUGACAGAAUGCCAGAACGAGAUGUUAUAUCAUGGAAUUCGAUGAUAUCAGGCUUUUUGCAGAAUGGAGAACUAAAUGAGUCCAUUGGUCUCUUCCUCCAUAUGCUACAGAGUGGAAUCAAUCCUGAUCGAACCACAAUUGCAGUGAUUCUCAAGUCCUGUGCUGCAUUGGAGGAAGUUGAUAUGGGCACCCAAAUACACGGUUUUGUCAUCAAGAUGGGUUUGGAUUGCGACGUGGUGACAGGGAGUGCCCUUAUUGACAUGUAUGCAAAAUGCAAGAGACUGGACGAGUCAAUUUAUUUGUUUGAUGAAAUGCCAGAGAGGAAUUGGGUUUGUUGGAGUGCUCUGAUUGCAGGCUGCACGCAGAAUGAACAAUAUGCUGUAGCACUGGAACUGUUUUUAGAGAUGCAAAGAUGCGGUGUUGGGCAAUGCCAGUCGGCUUAUGCGAGUGUUUUCAGAUCUUGCGCUGGAUUAAGCUCUGAAAGAAUAGGCAGACAGUUGCAUGGUCAUGCUUUGAAGAACAAUUACAGUACUGAUGUUGUGGUUGGGACUGCCAUUAUGGAUAUGUAUGCAAAAUGUGAUAUUCUGGAUGAUGCUAGAAGGUUAUUCCAGUUGCUGCCAAUGCGAAACCUGCAAUGCUGGAAUGCAAUUAUUGUCGGAUUAGUUCGUAAUGGUCAGGGGAAUGACGCGAUAGGGCUUUUUAAAUGCAUGAAUCACUCUGGUGUUGGCUUCAAUGAGAUCAGCUUAUCUGGUGUUUGUAGUGCCUGUGCAGAGGUCAAGAGGUACUUGAUGGGUCUUCAAGCUCAUUGCUUGGCCCUAAAGACCGGAACUAUUUACAACGUAUGCGUUGGGAAUGCAGUUCUGGACAUGUAUGGAAAAUGUGAAGCUUUGGAAGAGGCUUACAAUGUUUUUGAGGAGAUGGAGCAAAGAGAUGCAGUCUCUUGGAACGCAGUCAUUGCAGCUUUAGAGCAGAAUGGACGAUAUGAAGAAGCUUUACUGCAUUUUUAUCAGAUGUUGCACUAUGGCAUGCAACCUGACGAGUUCACUUAUGGUAGUGUCCUCAAAGCUUGUGCGGGACUUCAAUCUUCCGUUUGUGGUGUUAAGGUUCAUAACAAGGUAAUUAAAUCUGGACUUGGUCUCGUUUCAUUUGUCGGAAGUGCCCUUGUUGACAUGUACUGUAAAUGUGGAAUGAUGGGGGAAGCACAGAAACUUCAUGACAGAAUAGAAAAGCAAAACUUGGUAUCUGCAAAUGCGAUAAUAUCUGGGUUUACUCUCCAGAAACAAAGUGAAGAGGCACAGAACUUCUUCUCCAAGAUGUUAAAUAACAGCAUUGAACCCGAUCAUUUUACUUAUGCCACAGUUCUUGAUACAUGUGCUAAUAUAGCUACGAUUGGACUUGGGAUGCAAAUCCAUGCUAAGAUUAUCAAGCUAGAAUUACACAAGGACGUCUUCAUAUCGAGCACCCUUGUGGACAUGUAUGCCAAAUGUGGAAACAUGAAUGAUUCAUAUUUGAUGUUUGAAAAAAUGAUCGAUCGAGACUUGGUAUCAUGGAAUGCCAUGAUUUGUGGGUAUGCUCAUCAUGGCCACGGACUCAAGGCUCUUAAAAUAUUUGACAGGAUGCAACUAGAAAAUGUCAGGCCUAACCAUACGACAUUUCUCGCAGUUCUUCGGGCUUGUGGACAUGUCGGUCUGUUCGAUGAGGGCAUGUCCUACUUCAGUUUGAUGACUGACCACUACCAGUUGGAGCCAAGAUUAGAGCACUACUCUUGCGUGGUGGACAUCAUUGGGCGUGGAAAGGGGGUUAGUGAAGCUUUGGAACUUAUUGUUAAAAUGCCAUUCGAAGCUGAUGAUGUUAUGUGGAGAACUCUUCUGAGCCUGUGCAAGAUUCAUAAAAAUGUGGAGGUAGCGGAAAUUGCAGCAAAAAAAUUAAUGAUGUUGGACCCUGACGAUUCCUCCUCUUGCAUUCUCUUGUCAAAUAUAUAUGCCAAUGCUGGAAGAUGGGAAGAGGUGUCGAGAAUGAGACGGAUAAUGAAGGAGAGCAAACUUAAGAAAGAACCUGGUUGUAGCUGGAUAGAGAUAAAGAAUGAGAUGCACACUUUUCUUGUGGGAGACAAGGCUCACCCAAAAUGCAAUGAGAUAUAUGAAAGGUUGGAUGAGCUAAUUUCUGAAAUGAUGUGGGCAGGGUAUCUGCCCGACUUAGAAACAUUUGUUGAGGAUGAGGAAGGGGAGAGAAAAGAUCAACUCGAACUACUUGCAGUGGGUUGUGGCUGAGCCAUGCAAUUAGAAUAUUUUGGUCAACUAUUACCAAGAAAUCGGUUGCAAUACCGUGCAAAAAGACAGCAAACAAGCACUCUAGUUGCUUGAGUUGUACGAUAUUUAUGCACCAGAAUAAGAAUAAGGUUCAUGAACUCUAAACUCCACCCCUCUAGCUAGCACGGUGUAGCAGUAAAACAUUCAGUGGAUUAGUAUCGCGGUUGGAAACUCAGUUGAGGCAAGGGCAGAUUUAAGAGUGGAGUUUCGACUGUGGAGAUUAGCUGUUGGACGAAUUGCCACAAGUUUUUCCGGAUUUAACCGGUGGAUGAACUAAGAGGAAAGAUCGUUCAUCUCUAAAAUUAAACGAUCUAUAAGAACUUGGAUACCCAGAUUAAUAAAUAAAAAAUUCCAACUCCAUUUUGAAGUUAGUUUCAUCUUUUGUCAAGAAUAAGCUUAGUCCAGACAUCAGAGGGCUCAUAAGAUGCUGGCGACGGGAGGGCAGCCAUCAAAGAUCCAUUCCCACAAACUUUUUGAUACGUGAAGAAUAUUUUUGAAAUUUUAAGUGACUUUAACAAGGGAUUAAUGAAGGAAAACUAUUUGCCCAAUUUCUUUUUCUUUAAAAAAAAA